AAAUGGCUUUAAAUAAUAGAAAUUCCUGGUAUACUAUUGAAUCCGUAGGUGUUAUAAUAGAGAUUCAUUAAAGGUUAUUGAACUUGUAGAGAGAAGUGGGCGAUAGUACUAACUUGAUCGUAACUAUUAGACCAUUCAAAAGAGAAAUAAUAUUGUUCAAAUAGAACUAGCUAAUAACAGGCAAUUUAAUAAGAUAUACAGUGUAUGUCAGUAAACUGGUACAGAUAGAAUAUUUAGCUAUUAUUGAUGCGGCUUCCUAGAAAGUACGUUGCCGGUGGAUAUCAAUAAAUAUUACUAAUGUGUAAACUAUUUGCAAAGUGAAAAACGUUAAUCAACGUAAAUCAUACGCUUAAUCGAACUCGAUUAUUGAUUAAAGCUUGAAUUGUUUGAAAUAGUAUAUGUAAUUUCGUGUGUGAAUAGAAAAUAAAUCCAAUUGUUCUAUCAAUCCCUCAUCUCUCCCUCUUAUUCUAUUUCUGCUUCUUCCUCCUCCUCAUCAUUUAACGAACAUGUCUGAGAGUGAUGAUUCUGAAUCUGAAACUGAGACGACGAAAUGCGAAUUAGUGUUAAAAAAGAAAAAGAGACCUGUAAAUACUUCAACUAUAUCGCCCUAUUCGGCGAAGUUGACAAAUCCCGUCCGGAAAAGGGAUAUAAGGAGACGAGAAUUUGAUAAGGAUUUAAAUGAGAGUAGUUUGGCGAAAGAGAUUAGAAAUGUUCCUGGAAGACCCAGCUUUAAAUCUCCUGAAGAUUAUUACGAUGAUAUAAUAGCCUUGAAAAAGAAAAUUAAAAAUCUAAAUGAAGAAAAUUCGAUUUAUAAAUUAAAACUAAGGAGAUUAGAAGAAGAGAAUAAUAAGAAAGAAAAGGAAAUUGAUCAAUUACUUAAUCCAAAUAAAAAUCAAAAUUUAAGAAGAACGCUUGGAGAUAGGAAAUCCGAAUUGUCUUCCUUAGUUUACAGUCUUAAACAGAAGAUAUUUAAACUGGAAACGAAAUUGAAGGAAAAAGAAACAUUGUUAAACCAAUUACACAAUCAUCUUAAAACAACAACAGUAGAGGAACUACAAAUUGAAAGAAAGGUAUUUUUAGAAGAAAUACAACGUCUAAGAGCCCUCAUAGACUUUUCCAACCAAGACAAGAAUAACAUGAAACAAAUCUCGUUAGCAAAAAAGACGGCUAAGCUCACUGUCAAUCAAAAUUUACGACUAAGGGAAGAGAAUCUACAUUUAGGAAAAGAAAUAGGAAAGCUAUUAUCUGGGGAGGAGAUUGACCAAGAGGAAGAUGAGAAAAUAAUUCAUCAAAGAAUAACUGAUGGCCCCUUCAGAUAUCAUCAAAAUGUUAUCAAAAGACUCUUCGAAGAAAAGGAGCAUUUUAAAAGAAAAUAUGAACAAAAAAGAAAAGACUACAAACUCCUCAAACGAGAAAAUGAAUCUCUUAUAAAGAAACUUGGCACUUCUGACUCAGCUUUUAACGACAAUACGGUCGAACUGUUACAAUCAACUAUGAGAGGUCACGUGUUCAGAAAGACAGAGAUGAGCAGGAAGGAUUAUGAUGACCAGAUUGCAUGUCUAGAUAGAAGUGAUAAUGACGAUAUUAUGGGAGCAGACAGCGAAAAAGAAUCUACUUAA